AUGGAACUGAAGAGAGGAAAGACCUUUAUCAAAUCCAGCCUGCAGAUUUCCCAUGAGAAGCCCCCAGACCCAGCAGCCACUGCUCCAGUCAGAGAGGAUAUGGGUCCCUGGUCUGUCUCACCAGGACGGCAACAGCAGCCCUACAAUGAGAGGGCCGCACAGGUUAGUCCCAAGGCCCAAGGAUAUGACAGAUGCCUCAACAAGGGAGUACAACCAGAACCCGAGGUGGGGGCUACAGCCUUCUGUGGGGCUGCCUUCAAACUGGUACGAAAGAGUAAGACUCAUGACAGUGUGCCUGGGGCUGGCAGGGUGAGCACAGCCACAGGGCACUUGGUGGGCAGCGCAAGUUUCCCAGGAUCCUCUAGCAGCCAGCGUAUGAUUGACUACCGCCACUUUGUGCCACAGAUGCCCUUUGUGCCAGCUGUGGCCAAAAGCAUACCAAGGAAGAGGAUCUCCCUGAAACGACCUAAGAAGUGCUUUCGGAACCUAUUCCACAUUCGCAGAAACAAGACUGAGAACUUGACCUCACUGGUGACCAAGAGGGAGAGCCUGUCCUCCCCUGGUGGCCCAUCAGAGGCUAGAGAGCAGAGAGACAAAGCCUUCUUUCCCUUUGGUGAAGGAUUGGGGCCAGAUGGCCUGUGUCAGGACCUAUCUGACAGCGAGCUCCUGCCUGAUUCUUCCUUUGACCUCUGUAAGGCCCUGUGUGAGGAUGUGGCCUCACUCAAGAGCUUUGACUCUCUCACGGGCUGUGGGGAGAUCUUUGCAGAUGAAAGUUCUGUGCCAUCCCUGGAACUGAAUGAGGGCCUAGAGAGCCCAGCCCAGGUAUCACAGGCCCUUGAAAGCAAAGUUCUUAGGGGCCCCUUCCAUGGCAGCAUGGAGCAGCUGGCAUCACCUGCCCAAAAUGAGAUGUCUGACUUUGCCAAGUUCUGGGACAGUGUGAAUCACUCUGUGAGGCAGCAGCAUCACACCUUACUGGGCCCAUGGCUGGGGAGUGCCCAGGGGACAGAUACAGACCGGCCCAAGCUGGAUGCAGCUGGGCUUGCUGAGCUCCCCCUGUGUCCUUGCAGAGACCCCCACAGUGGCUCCAAAGCCAGCUCCAUAGACACAGGUACCCCCAAGAGUGAACAGCCAGAAUCCGUGUCCACAAGUGAUGAGGGCUACUAUGAUUCCUUUUCACCUGGCCUCGAGGAGGACAAGAAGGAAGCUUUGAGCCCAGGCACACCUGCAGCUGCCUUCCCCCGGGAUAGCUACAGUGGAGAUGCCCUCUAUGAGCUCUUCUAUGACCCCAGCGAGGGCCCUGUUGGCCCGAGCCUGGAUGAUGACCUAUGCGUGUCUGAGAGUCUGUCAGGGCCAGCACUAGGAGCACCACUGUCCAUGUGCAGCUUCCAUGUGGGGGCAGAGGAGAACUUGGCCCCAACACCAGGCCCAGACCUGCUCAGCCAGAGCUUUUUGCAAAGUUCCUGGAAGGGCAAAGAGUGCCUGCUAAAGCUCUGUGACACUGAGCUUGCCAUUACCAUGGGCAUUAUCAACUGGCUUCGUCGUGGCCCUGAGCUCCGCACCCCACCUGCCUCAGCCCCUGGGGAGACUCCAAACUCCCCCAGGGGACAGGUAGAGACACUGGAAGCUGGCUCUGAGAAAAAGGGCCCAGGUCCAGUGAAGCUGGAGGGCAGGGGUCCUGGGGCUUCAGAUGCAGGUAGGAUCACUGUGGGCUCAGCACCCAGCAGGCAGGAGCUAUGGGCACAUUCUCUUACCAAGGGCCUGCUUGCUGGAGAGAGCAAGUUCCUAACAGGGCCUGAGCAGGAAACUAGUUCUCUGUCCAGGGACCCAUCUCUGGAGUGUGUGCAGGUCUCUGGGGAAAGAGGGACACAAGGCUGCUUGUUCUCCUCUGUGGAGUCUGCAACCUCUACAACAACAGACACUUCCAGCAAAAGCAAAGUCCCAAACCUUUGGCCCAGCUCCCAGGAGCCCAGGCCACCUGGGAAUCUGGAGUAUGUCCGAGGUCCUUGGAGGCUAGGUCCUGGGGGAAGCACCCUUGAUGUAGAGCCCACCCUGACAGGCUGUGUGGCCCAGGUUGCAGCUCUACAGAUCCAACCAGACUGCCAGCCCCCUACAACACAGCCCCCAAGGCAGGACAUGAGCAGCAGGCUCUGCAGGCAACCUCAAACCAGGGGCCCUGAAAUUCUGCAACAGAAACAAUCUAACAGCUUCCCUAGCAUGGCAGUUGCAUGUGGCCUGCCCUCCCUGACUAGUCCACUACACAGCUCACAGGACCAGAGGUGCCCAGGCCACAUCCUUGACCUCAGCCGGCUCAGUGUGGAGCCCACUAGGAUGGAUGCCCAGGAUCAUGCCUCUGUGGAGAACCAGCCUCUGUAG